ACCAAACACAAGUGAAUAAACUGCAUGCUAGUACAUAACAUGAAGCUCAGCGUGGUUUUAAUGUUUCUACACUUUGGUGCAACUCUGCUCCUGCUAACACAAGCUUUACCCUAUAGCCCAUGGCUGAUAUCGCAGCAUCACGGUCCACUUUACGCAGGUGUGAAGCUGCUCGUGGCGGAUACCGAGUUUCAGGCGGAAUUAACUUGGAAGGAAACCGAAUUUCAACUGCUUGAAGCUGUGAACGCUAUGGAGGACACCCAGAUACUACUCGAUGACUAUGAACCUCUAAUAGAGGAACACCUUAACGCUACGCGUUCCAACAGCGCUUAUCAAAACUGUUAUUUACAAUACGAUUAUGUCAAUGCAAAUUUUGAACAAGAACUUACGCUUAAACUCCAGAGCUGCAGGGCAAUGUUGACAAAAAGUUUAGCUGCUUUGCAGAAUGAAUCCAACAUUGAGCUCAAUUUCAUACGCGUUGCUGCAAUGGAAGCACGCAAUGUGCUUAACGUUUGUAACGUGGCUGAGCUGAGAGUUAGAGAGAGCAAUAGCGAUCUCGCUGGCAUUACAAUGUGUGUGAUCAGUCGGAUUGGUGCGCUUGAUCAGCGUCUUUCGGCGGCUUCUGAAAACUUUCUAGACCUACUUGUCACUGAGAAUGCGGCUGAACUUGAAGGCAAUAGCUGCGAGGAGUUCGGAGAAUUGCGUCAGAUAUUCGAUAGCGUUUAUGAUGACAUCAGUGAGUGUGUAACAGAAUCGGAUAUCUAAAUAUUAAUAUUAACUUUCACAAACUUAGUGCUUUUAGAUUUUAAAAUCAGUUGGUAUUUUGUGCAAGUUCAAUUUGAUAUAGUGAAAAUACAAUAAAAAUAGCCGAAGGAUUGUCUAGUUAUUUCGGUUUCAAAAUAAA